UCAGACGCUGCCCUUUCCAAUUUUCCUAUUCCCGAUAUGAUCGGGCUCCCAUUUUCCUGAAUUCGCAGAGAGGCCCAUAACCAGAACCAGAAGAAACACUAACCACAAAAACGGAAAAAGGGAGGAAAAUAGAACAAACACAAAAGUUAAGCUUCAAUUCACAGCUUGGGCAUUCUCCACGAAUACUUUCGACUCAGAUUUUGUUCGUUUGUUUAUCGAGAUGACACCGGUUUGUCCAUUUGUGAAAGCUGCGCGUCCCGAUGAUUCGUCGUUGAAAAAACCAGGGGAAAAUCCGAGCAAACAUGGUGCAGAGCAUGAUGGGAAGGGGAAGAAAGACUCUGGUGACUCCGCUACUGCGUCUCCUGCCAAGUGCCCCUUCGGAUAUGACUCUGCCAAUGCUUCUCCUAAGUGUCCCGUUGGAUAUGAUUCUGCUUCAACUUCUCCUAAGUCGGGUAGCAUUUCUCCAAAGUGUCCUCUUGGAUAUGAUUCUCAAUCGUUUAAAAUCGGCCCUCUCAGUUGUAUUUUGUGCCAAGCACUUCUCUUUGAGAGUAGCAAAUGCGUGCCUUGUUCUCAUGUCUUUUGCAAAGCAUGUAUCUCCCGCUUUAGAGAUUGCCCAUUAUGUGGAGCUGAUAUUGAGAAGAUUGAAGCUGAUACCAAUCUCCAGGCUGUUGUUGAUCGGUUCAUUGAGGGUCAUGCUAGAAUUAAGAGGUCUCAUAUUGACACGGACGGAGAGGAACAAGUAGGUGAUAAUAAAAAAGUGAUAUAUGAGGAUGUGUCUUUGGAGAGAGGUGCUUUUUUGGUGCAACAAGCCAUGAGGGCUUUUCGCGCCCAGAACGUGGAAAGUGCCAAAUCGAGACUGAGUAUCUGUGCAGAAGACAUCCGGGGUCAGAUAGAAACAACAGGCAACACUUCAGAGUUGUGUUCACAGCUUGGAGCUGUCCUGGGUAUGCUUGGUGACUGCUGUCGAGCAAUGGGAGAUUCUAGUUCGGCAGUUGCUUAUUUUGAAGAGAGCGUAGAAUUCCUCUCAAAAUUACCUACAGAUGAUCAGGAGAUCACACACACUCUUUCUGUUUCGCUUAAUAAAAUUGGAGACCUUAAAUAUUACGAUGGAGAUUUGGAAGCUGCUAGAUCUUACUAUUUUCGUUCCCUCAAUGUGCGCCGUGAUGCCAUCAAACAGCAUACUGAUGUUUCAUCUCAGACCCUAGAUGUGGCUGUAUCCCUAGCAAAAGUUGCUGAUGCUGAUAGGAGUCUUGGUAAGGAGGAUGCAGCACUCGACAGAUUUCAGGAAGCCAUAAAACUAUUGGAAUCUUUGUCAUUGAAACCUGAAGAAGCUGCUCUCGAGAAGCGGCGCCUUUCAGUGCUGGAAUUUCUUAACAGUCAACUUGCAGAGAAGAAAGUCUGAUUAAACUCCCUGAAGCCAGGUCACCUGAGCAGAGAACAAAAAAUCAAGCCACACAAAAUGGCUCUUUUUCUGUAUAUAUGCAAAAUCAACUCUAUAUCAAAUAAUCUCCAUUAUAGUCACCGAUGAUUCCCUGAAGAUCGAUCAAAAGCUUUUGGAGAAUGUUUCAGGGAGUCCCACAGCACAAGUAGGGACCACUCUUCUCAUGUAUCCUUUUAUAAUAUGCCUACGUCUGAUUUAGCUAGUCAAGUAGCGGCUGUAUGAGACUUCAUUGCGCUGUUGUCUAGUGUAAGUUGCCUGAGCACUUGAGUUACUAUGUUGUACGGAUCUUAUGGUCAUCGCCUCUUAAGUUCCACUAUUGUUCUUCCAGUGGUUUUUGUUCCUUUUCCAAAUUCACCUCCUGUGAAUAAGAAUUUGGAGCAUGUUCUUAAAAGAUUACCCCUAUAACAUCUGCAAGGCAUGCUAUCUUAUGAGGAACUAAAAAGCACUAAGCUAUCUUAUGAGGAACUAAAAAGCACUAAGCGAGUCUUUCUGAACUCGAAAAUGUGCCUAGUCAUAUGUUGGGAAAAAUGCUAUAUGUUGUCACAGACGUUAAAACAUAAAUAAAUGAUGAUUGAUAUCGGUACA